UCAGCUAGAAGGAAUAGCUUGCAAUGCAGUUUGCUGCACUAAUCGGAAGAAAACAUUUAAUAUGUUGCAAUAAAAAGAAACCGGGUGCCGGGAACGAAGCAGUGCAACGAGGGAGCUCCUUUCAUGUUUAAUACCCGUGAGUGAGGAGGGCUGGAGUGUUGAAAAUUCACCUGGACAGCAAACCACAAGGAUCUUGUUAAAAAGUGGAGUAUUUCAAGUCGUGUCUGAAUUGCACAUUGUUUUGAUAAUGCAAAAUUCUUCUGAAAAUUGACAAGUGAAAGUCUUGCACUCAACAGAGAGGAUCGGUGUUUUUGAUUGACUCACACAAUAAAGACAAUAAUAAAUGUGCUGGAAUAAAAACAAAUACAUACAUAAAUGAAUAACUACACUGAAGACUAUUACUAUAACUUAUUCUGCCAUCGUGCGGGCAGAACCAUAGCACACGGUAUUUUGCAUGGAAACGGAUUUAACAGUAAGACGGCUUCCCGUACCCUUUUCACCCCGCAGAUCUGACGCAUAUUAAAAAGAGAAUUUGCAAGAUUAUGUUGUGAUCCAGCCCCUCGUCUCCUUUUAGAGAUGUGGUGUUGGUCGACAAGGAAUAAAUAGAAAAAACUGCACGCUGUUGACUGGUAGAUUCUCAAAUGCUGAGAAAAGGCUGAUUUAAAAAUACACGGAGAAUACAGUAUUUCACUGAGGAAGCACCAUCCAGCACGGAAAAUAAUUCAACUCAGCUACUGGCGUGUUCAUUUUUCUGCUGGUCUUGAUAAUUUUAAGUUGUCUCAAACAUUGAUUGCCUCCGUAGAUCAACGAAAUCAGAUUAUUUAACAUGAUUUCAUAUUUAAAAUGUAUUCCUUAUCUGUUAUAUAGGAUUUGACAGGGCAUGGAAAGCAAUGUAUUAGUCUCUUCAACUGAAUCAGUUAAUUUCUCCCUAAAGUUGUAAACACUGGGGAAUAUGCCAGGCAGUAAAAUAAUUGUAUUUUGUAUUUGCAGGAAAUUAGAUUCAUAAAAAUAAUCGUAUUCCCUAUUGCGGAUUUAAUGGUGGAUGUGCAGUGCUAUCUGGGUGGUAAAUGCUUAUGGGCUGAGUAGAGUUUGUUCUUAGAACAUUCUUAUUUGACAUAAAGCAUUACCAUGCUAUAUAGCUUUCUGUGUAUAUUUUACCGCCUGAGGCUGCUGUAGUUUUUUGAAUAUAUUUCUAUGUAGUCGGUCAGUGAACUGCUUGUUCGAGUUCUUUAUGCAGUUACAUCUGAUUCAGUUACAAUGAAAACAGUACAGAACUGCAUUCGUUCAGAAAUUCUUGGUGAAAGUGCUACUCGAUAUUAGUAAUGACUCAUGAAGAAAUCAUCAAAAGACGUGAUUUUAAAACGAGUCGUGGAUUUUGCUCAUAUUUUCUUGAAGAUGUAAUAGUCCCAUUUCACAAGUAACUGCCCUCUAAACACCUUGCUCAGUUUAAAAACGUUGCUAGAGAGACAAGAGAGUGCUGACUCACUCGUUUGGUUUUGCAUUCCUACCCCAGUAAAUGAAGCCAUAGAGUUAUCUAAACUUUAAAAUCAUACCUUCUGUUCUAUUUUUUUUUUUCCCAUCAGCAGCAUGGUAACUUUUGUGUUUGCAGAAAGUUGUUGUUGGUAAUUUUUAGAUUUCCAAACUACAUCAAAUACACAUUAGUUUUUAUUAAAUGAACAUAUUUUAGCGUCAUGCUUAGUUCAGUAAAUCAUCCUGUAACAUUUGCUAUGAACUUCUGAUUCCUUAAACCCGAUGUGCUGUGGGGAAACAAAGUUGUAAGCAAGAUUGAACCCCCAAACUAUUUCUGCAGGCAGGGAUUGUCUUGAUAGUGGAACUGGUUGAAAGCCUGAUAACAUUUUUAAAAUCUUACCUUAGAUUGAGAAACCCAUUUGGCAUUAUUGUAAUAAUAAUAAAUACAUUUUAUUUUAGAUUGAAUUUAUUGGGCAACUAAUGGAUCAAACAAGCAACCUGUAGUAAAAUCUGAAAGCAAUAUAUUUUUCAGUCGGAUUUGGGAGCAAUAUUAUAAUUUGUUCACCAGUUUGAAACCAUCUCAGUCCAUGUAGUGGAAGAAGCCUGGGCUGUGGGAGACUUAUAUUCCUAGAUCUAAGUUGCAUGCCACGAUUUUUUAAAAUAGCCACAAAUCAUUAGAAUGGAAUCUUUGGUUGCUCUUGUGCUCCACAUUUCAGCUGGAUGAUUCCAGUUUGGCCACCUGGACUUGGUCAGUUCAUCAUAGGACUAGUUCAUUCAUUCUCUAGAUCAACCAAAAAAAAACAUUGUGCUACUGGAAUCCACCAUGGGGCAUUAGCAGGACUACACAUUAUAUUUCUGUAGGAGCUUUUGUGUACAAGAACAAACAUUAAAUCCUUUGUCAAAUGUCUUUAAUUGAAAUGUAAAGACCACCAGAGAUUUCCUUCAUUAGUAACUUUUGAAGGUGUCAUAAGAAAGGCAUGUGACAUCCAUAUUCAGACACCAGAUCAGGAAGUUCUUGGAACUAAUCCAGUGUAUGAUUUUCAAAUCUCCAAAUGAAACUUGAGGAAACCAAUGAAAGCGUGAUAAGAUCGAUCAAUCCUCUGAGUACACAGCUAACUAUAGUUUCCAUUGAGUGACUUUGGGAAGCUAGCAAGAGGAGCAAUGCAAUAGUUGAAGCCCCAGAGCGGUUCAGAGUAGCUUGGUGUGUACUGUAUCCAAGGAAGGUUUGGUGGUCGCUCUGGUUUUGAGAACCCCGAUCAUCCCGGAGCGCUAGACCAUGGGGAGCUCUGCUUCUUCUCUGGCCGCCGAGACGGAAUCGGAUCAUGGAUUCCGCAGCACCGCUUACCCCGCAGCGCCAUCUGUUGGCUGGCUCAGGAACAGUCACAGUAGCCCGGUUUGGGGCAGCACCUUUAUAUCCAGACAGCAGCAACAGCCUCUGCCACAUAGAGAGAGAAGUCACUCUCACUCCCCUGGCUCCAUGGCUGCAGCGGUGGGGAGCAGCGAGUGGUCCUGCGGCCGGUGCACCUUCCUGAAUGCUGGUGGAGCGCCCCGCUGCUCCAUCUGCGAGGCGCCCCGUCAGAAACCCGACCUCAACCACAUCCUGCGUCUCAGCAGCACGGAGGAGCAGCCCUGGAUCUGCCCUCGCUGCACUCUCAACAACCGCAAUGGGUCUGGCGCCUGCACUGUCUGUGGCUUCGGACCUGGAGCCAGCCAGGGCCCCUCCCUGGGCACUCCAAAUGGGAUUCUCCCUCCACAAAACACCUCUACCUCUGCCACUCCCUCCAACUCCACCACCAUCCUCCUGGAGCCCCGAGGGCAGGUACCUCCCAAAGAGGAGCUCCGAAGAUCGGAGAGCAACGGAGAGACGAGUCCUGGAGACAUGCUGCUUCUCUCUGGCUGGGCCUGCCCACGCUGCACCCUGCACAACACGCCUGUAGCCCUCUCCUGCUCUGCCUGUGGUGGGCCUCGCAAGCUUUCCCUCCCCAAAAUCCCUCCCGAGGCUUUGGUAGUGCCGGAAGUCUUGACACCUGUGGUCGGAUUCUCCACGGUCACCAACAGUGGAGGAGCGCUACUUAUCGACCUGACUGAUGAAGAUUCCCCUCCCGCGGCAGUGCCUGAGGAGCCCCUUGAAACUCCACACACUGGUUCCUCAACUUCAUCAGCCUUCACCCCCCUUUCCUCCCUCCUGCAGAACAACCCGGUCCCUCGAAGCCGCAGGGAAGUUCCUCCUCAAGGCCCACAUCUGGAACGGCCCCCUAAUCCAGCCCCCAGCCCUACCUCCCCUUCCACAACAGCUGUAACCAUCUCCCAGUGGCCUCCCAAACCUCCUCCCACCAGCUCCAAGCCUCAGCAGCCACCCCCCCAGCAAGGGGAAACCUUCCAAGGCAAGCGGCUAAGUAUCUUUGAUGAGGAGGAUAUGCAGGUGUGUCCUUCCCUGCCUCCUCCCCCCUCUUCUGUCUCCUCCCUCUCUUCUUCCUCCACCUGGAAGUGCAGCUCCUGCUCCUUCAGUGGCUCCAAGUGCGAGACCUGCCGUUCCUCCCGGGUAGCCAGCGAUUUGAUCGACCUGACGGGGGAGUCUGUGCGGUUCACCCCCGCUAGCCCGUCCAGUCCAGACUUCAGCACCUGGUCCUGUUCCAAGUGUACCCUUCGCAACUCCACAGGGGCCCCCAAGUGCAGCGCCUGUGGGUCAUCCAAACUAUAUGGCUUCCAGGACUACCAGCAGCGCUGCCCCCAAUGCGGCUCAACGGGCGACGUCUGCAACUCCUGCCCUGGGACCAGCCAAGGCAAAGCAGGGCCCCGCAAACCUGCUCGGCUCUUCCCUUCCUCCUCGUCCUCGACCUCCCUAAACGCUCAGGAGAAGGCUGGUCAGUGGGCCUGCCCAGCCUGCACCCUGCUCAACGACUUGAAAUCCAAACACUGCGCUGCCUGCCACACUGCUCAGCAGUACUUCACCCUGCGCAAGGGGGCCAAGCCCCUGAAGAGACGGGAGAGCAUGCACGUGGAGGCGAGGCGGCAGAACGACGAGGGAGAGGCCAAGGAGCUCUUGGAGAACAUUGUCGGGUUCUGCAGGGAGAAUGCCGUGAACUUCGUUGAUGACAGUUUCCCCCCUGGCCCACGCUCAGUGGGGUUUCCCGAGGGAGACAGUGUGCAGCAGCGCGUCAAGAAGUGGCUCCGCCCCCACGAGAUCAACUGCAGUAAUUUAAAGGGCCGCGGGUUCAAGUGGUCAGUGUUCUGCACGCCCCGCCCCUCUGACAUCAUGCAGGGGCUUCUGGGAAACUGCUGGUUCCUCAGUGCGCUGGCUGUGCUGGCAGAGAGACCCGAACUGGUUGAGAGGGUGAUGAUCACUCGUGUGGUCUGCUCUGAAGGGGCGUACCAGGUGAGGCUGUGCAAGGACGGCACCUGGAUCACUGUGCUGGUGGACGACAUGCUGCCCUGCGACGAGUACGGGUACCUCCUCUUCUCCCAGGCCCAGAGGAAGCAGCUGUGGGUGGCUCUCAUCGAGAAGGCUCUGGCCAAGCUCCAUGGCUCCUACUUUGCACUACAGGCUGGCCGGGCCAUUGAGGGUCUGGCCACCCUGACCGGAGCCCCCUGUGACAGCCUCAUGCUACAGGUCAGCUCCACAAACCCACGAGAGGAGCCCAUCGACACAGACCUCAUCUGGGCAAAGAUGCUGAGCUCCAAGGAGGCAGGUUUCCUGAUGGGUGCCUCGUGUGGAGGAGGCAAUAUGAAGGUGGAUGACAAUGUGUAUGAGAGCCUGGGGCUUCGGCCUCGCCAUGCCUACUCUAUACUGGACGUGAGGGACGUGCAGGGCUGCAGGCUCCUGAGGUUACGGAACCCCUGGGGGCGCUUCUCAUGGAAUGGGAGCUGGUCAGAUGAGUGGCCCGACUGGCCGCAGCACCUCCGUCAUGAACUCAUGGCCCACGGAAGCAGUGAGGGAGUCUUCUGGAUGGAGUAUGGAGACUUCAUCAAGUACUUUGACUCUGUGGAUAUCUGUAAGAUCCACUCAGACUGGCAGGAAGUGCGUGUGCAGGGCUCAUUCCCCGCUCGAGCGAGUGGCCCUGUGACGGUGACGUCACUGACUGUGCUGGAGCGCACUGCUCUGGAGUUCGCUCUUUUCCAGGAGGGCAGCCGGCGCUCAGACACUGCUGACAGUCACCUCCUGGACCUGUGCAUCAUGGUGUUCCGUGCCUCCUUCAGCAGCGCCAACAAGCUCAGCCUGGGCCGCCUGCUGGCACACAGCAAGCGCGCCGUCAAGAAGUUUGUGGGCUGCGAUGUGAUGCUGGAGCCGGGGGAGUAUGCCGUGGUUUGCUGUGCCUUCAACCACUGGCAAAUGAACAUCCCUGGAGCUGCCCUCACUCCAGUAUCAAGUCCAGUCAGCAGAGUGCGCCCCAACCCAGAGUUCCCAGGGUAUAUCCUGGCAAUCUACAGCUCACGGCAGGUGAUGGUGGAGCAGAGUGAAGCCCCUCCCACCACCCUGGCCGAUGCCAUCAUCCUGCUGACAGAGAACAAGGGGGAGCGGCACGAGGGUCGUGAGGGAAUGACCUGUUACUACCUGACACAUGGCUGGGCGGGUCUGAUCGUAGUGGUGGAGAACAGACACCCCAAAUACUACCUGCACGUGUCAUGUGACUGCACUGACAGCUUCAACGUGGUCUCCACGCGGGACAGCCUGAAGACCAUUGACAGCGUCCCGCCACUCAACAGACAGGUACUGGUAGUACUAUCUCAACUGGAAGGGAACGCCGGCUUCUCCAUAACACACAGACUGGCUCACAGAAAAGCAGCACAGGCCUGUCUGGGGGACUGGACCCCGACCAAGGGCACACACAGCCCCCAGCUUACCUUGGACAUUGCAGGACUGCACAGGCCCCGACCGCUAUGACCAAGGCACAGGCCUCGCGCGCACAGGGGCAACAAAAACAAGAAAACACACACCGUGCCAGGAGAGAACACGCUUUUAUAGCAGGAAGCUACAGACGGAAAACAGCACUUUUUAAACCCUGCCAAAUAUUUUUUGGGUCCCCUUUUUUGCACUGCACAUUUUUCUGCACUGUUUUCAGAGAGCCACACGAGUUUACUCCAGCCAUUGAUGGGAUUUGGAAGUACAGCUGCUGCCUCUUACAGAUUAAAUGGGGGUUAAAAGGGAGAGGUAUACUGAACCAUCUGUACUGGGGCAACACAAAAGUCUUUAUGGGGGAUCCUAUUCUUAUUUAAUCUUGUAAGCUAAGGUGGCAUGGUGUAGAGAUAUAGUGGUGAGUGUUAAAGGGGGUCUUCAGAGUUAACAAACCAAACUGGGUUAUAUUUGGUUCAAUACCACACUCAUUUUUUAACCUUCAGCUCCAAAGCUAGAUACUUAUCCACACAGCUAUAGCAAAUUACAUACCCACCAGCCAUUUUACAUUAACCAAGAAGCUGGAAGUUUUAGUGUAUCUGUCUGAAUUGUGUCAAAGUGCUAUGACGCUUCAUCCACAGUGAUUGUCAACCCAUCUCGGAUCACAAGCCUGCCUUACAGUGGAACACAGGCCAGAAAGCAGCAAGCACUGGUUUAAAAGCAUAAGGUAAAACUCCUUGUGGUCUUCUAGUAAAUGAGAGUCUAGCAGAAUAUUCACUAGAAAGGGUGCUGCAGGUUCUCUUGUAGCCGCUGUAUCCAGGAUGUGGGAACUGGUAUAGUCUAUGGGUGGUAGCCGUGGGGUUACACUACAGUACCUGUGUGCUAAUUUAGGGAGCUAAGCUACUAGGGAUUCAUUCAUUUUUUGGUUUUAAAAACUUCAUUUAAAGAAAGGAAACAAAGGCUUUAAAAUCUGUUUUCUUUUUUUUUAAUGCCCUUUUUUUGUCGUUUUUGUACUAAAAUGCCCUUUUUUAGUAACAAUAAUCAUUAUUAUAUCUAUUACAAGAAACACAAUGUCAGGUACCGGUUACCAGUUAGUAUUGACUUUCAUUCUUGUUUUUAUCUCGAGGGUAGUUUUUAUUAUAAUUAUUAUUGUUUUUAAAAAAUUUGUGUACUGGGGCAAAAGCCUAACCAUGUAGCACUCAGUCCUAAAAAAGUCUUUAACCAUGCUUAUUACAUCUACUAGCAUCUACCUUUCAUGACCCUUAUUUUCAUUAAAUUUAGACAGUGGUAUUAAAGUCAUGUUUUGAGAAAACAACAGCAUUAAUAUAGAAUUUAAAGAGAGAAGUAUUGGCCCAAUGUCUUCUGUGUCAUACAGUAACUAUAACACAAUAGACAUUAAUUAACACAAAUCUUAUUAGCAACUUCCUUUGUUAAUGUUCUGAAUGAACUAGCAAAUUCAUUCUGAAGACGUUAGCCUCAGUAUAACAUCUCAGCUCCACUUCUGUGCCUGAGGGGUUUUAAAAAGCUGAACACAGCUCAAAGCUGUGUACAGCAGGGUUUUAAAGGAGGGCCGGCAGGGUGAGUCAUGCUUGGUUGUGACAUUCAGAAAUGCAGCCCCAGUUUAGUCCAGUCCUCAGGAUCAGUGAAUCAUUGUGUACGGUGAUGGGAUUGAGGGAUUUUUGGUGUGCUGAAUGAAUUUGUCGGGUCACCUGCUCAGUCGAUGCAGGUGUGUAUAACUGUACUGUACAUUAUUUUUGUCUCGGCCGUUUAUUUAAAUGUAGAACUCAUGGAAGGUGUGGGACAUUGGUUUUAAAUUUAAACGCUGGUGGCUUAAGCCAUAUUUGAACCCAGAUCUCCAGAGGGACAGUGCCAUCUAGGCCCCUAAUGGAAUACCCCGUGCUGUAUUGUCUUGUAGUGCUGUCUGAGCUGCAUAGCACUGUCACAGACUAUCCAGACCUGGGUUCUUCUGGAUGAGCAGCACUAUAGGAAGACUCCCAUUGUCUAGCAGUUUUACCUUAAGCAUUACAAAACAUACUGUGACCUUUAUGUUGACAGUGACACUGACUGCAGUCUGGUACAGAGCUGACAGGCAGACACCAUGAGAGCUUCCUCCUCACAGCUCUGAAAGCGAAAUGAAGAGAGCACACCUCUUUCCACACAUAAACAUUCAUUCCUGGGCCCCUCUCAAGCAGAGUUGCUGUCUAUGAUGCAGAUUGCACUGAUGUGCACAGGGGUUACCACCAGAUUUUGCUGCCUAGAAUAUUUCUUUAUAAAUACAAUGUCAUUUGAUAUUUGUAUCCACAUUACUCUAGUGGGUAGCAGGUGACGUGUGUCAGGCUGUUGGCUCCCUACCCGUGAAGCUCUGGCCCUGUGCUUUCCUGCCAUCAGUGUUGCUAAUUACAUGAACUUAGGGUGUGGGGAUUGAGUAGCAGUGAUUCAUCAAAACAGAAAGCUGUUUUACAGUGUUGAUUCAGUUUCUUUAUUGCCUGCUGUCUGUUGAAAGACUACUGUCUUGGUUCUGUGUUUGUAGGUGUUCACAUUACAAAGCAUUUGCUGUAAUGACACUUUUGCAAUCUGUCUCUGUAGAAACUUCCUUUGGCCACAGUGACUGAACUACUCAGUCUCACCUAACCAGUCUGAAAAUCUAAUUUUUUUCCAAUAAAAACAGGGGCUGGCUACCACUGGUUCCAACUGCAGUCUACAGCUAUGCGCAAAGGUUUUGCAUCAUUAGGGUUGAAACUUUUUAUUUUAUUUUUUUUAAACCUGUAUGAACAUAAUGUAG